GGGGAGAGAGAGAUCCAUCUUCCAUCCACUGGUUCACUCCUCAAAUGCCCGCAAUGGCUGGGAUGGGGCUGGGCUGAAGCCAGGAGCCAGGAGCUGCUUCUGAGUCUCUUCUGGGUGCAGGGGCUCAAGCACUUGGGCCAUCGUCCGCUGCUUUUCCAGGCCAUUAGUAGAGAGCUGGAUUGGAAGUGGACCAUCGGGAUGCUGGGACUGUAGGCAGCAGCUUAACUCACUGUACCACAACAUUGGCAUCUAUCCCAAUAUUGUUAAUUCAGCAAGUGUUUAUUUUAAUUUUUAUUCUUGCUUAUUUAGAGACAAACAGAGGGAGACAGACAGACAGCACUCAUCCGUUGGCUCACUCCCCAGAUGCUUGAGUGGCUCCUGACUGGUGCCUAACCUAGGAGCUGGGAACACAAUCCAGGUCUCCACAGUAGGUGGCAGGAAUCCAUUCCUUGAGCCAUCACCACUGGAUCCGGGGUCAGAAGCAGAGCCUGCUGUGGAAUGCAGGCUCUCCCACGUAUCCACCUAAGCUGAACUUACGCUGUAGACAUAUUUUUGUGGUUCGUGCGGAAAUCCAAGGCCCAGCGGUGUACAGACCUGUGGAAGGACCUAUCCUGGAAGUGGGCUCGAGGCCCUGUGAGCGAGGAGUCCUUGGGUUCCGGUCAGGUGGAAAGUCGCCCGUGGAGUAAACGUAGCUGUCUUCAGAAAACAAGUUAAGGAAUGAGAGACGCAGAAGACAUUCAUCUCGGAAAGAUCCCAAGCACUCUGAAAUUGUCAGGAAUGUAACGCCAAGUGCUGAGCCCGUCGCCGUCACCGGAGUGGGAGAAGUGCUUCAGGUUUAAACGACCGACUGCACUUGGAAGAGCUGCUAGACCACGGAGGCCACGCGGACACUAACAGGUGAAAGUUUUGCCAUGCGCUGAAAGGAGAGCACUGUCUGUGAAGUUCUAUCUUUAAAAAUGUCUGCUUGUAACACCUUUACUGAACACGUUUGGAAACCUGGUGAAUGCAAGAAUUGCUUUAAACCUAAAAGCUUGCACCAGCUCCCCCCGGACUCUGAGCAGGCGCCCGUCACCCACGGCAACGUGAAAACGAAUGCCAACCAGAGCAACAACCACCGCAUCAGGAACACGGGGAAUUUCCGGCCUCCUGUGGCUAAAAAACCCACGAUAGCUGUGAAGCCCACGAUGAUGGUGGCAGAUGGGCAAAGUGUGUGUGGGGAGCUUAGCAUCCAGGAACACUGCGAGAACAAGCCUGUCAUCGUGGGAUGGAACCGAAACAGGACCGCCUUGAGUCAGAAGCCGCUGAACAACAACCAGGACGACGGCGAAGGGCUUAGCCACGUUCCCAAGCCUUACGGCGGCACCGACAGCACGAAGGUCGCCAACAACAACAACAGCGGGCUGACCGAAGUGCUCAAGGAGAUCGCGGGCCUGGACGCCGCCCCUCAGACCGGGGGCAGCGAGGCCAACUCCAGGGAGACCUUCUUGGGGAGGAUAAAUGACUGCUACAAACGGUCCCUGGAGAGAAAGCUCCCCCCGAGCUGCAUGCUGGGCGGCACGAGGGACGCUCAGGGCAAGCACGUGGUUCUGAGCGGGAGCACAGAAGUGAUCAGCAACGAAGGGGGCCGGUUCUGUUACCCCGAGUUCUCCAGCGGCGAGGAGAGCGAGGAGGACGUGCUUUUCAGCAACCUGGAGGAGGAGCGCGAGAGCUGGGAUGAGAGCGACGAGGAGCUGCUGGCCAUGGAGAUCCGCAUGCGAGGGCAGCCUCGCUUCGCCAACUUCAGGGCCAACACUCUGUCUCCGGUUCGCUUCUUCGUGGACAAAAAGUGGAAUACGGUCCCCCUGCGAAACAAGUCCCUGCAGAGGAUCUGUGCUGUCGACUACGACGACAGCUACGACGAGAUCCUGAAUGGCUAUGAGGAGCGCUCCGUGGCCUCCUGCGGGCAGGAAAGUGUCCAGAGCAUGCUGUCCUCUGACUCCACCUCCCCAGACUCCUCUCUCACGGAGGAAUCCCGUUCCGAGACAGCCAGCAGUUUGUCUCAGAAGAUUUGCAAUGGGGGGUUAUCUCCUGGCAACCCAGGAGACCCCGAGGACACGAAGGAAACGGAGCCCAGUCCCGAGAGCCUCCUGGGUAGCAGUCAGGAGAAGGACCCAUCACAAGCUUCCAAAAACGCAGCCAAAGCGCCAGAGACGCACAAAGCAGUCCUCGCCCUCCGAUUAGAAGAGAAGGACGGCAAAAUCGCCGUGCAGACGGAGAAGCAGGAGGGCAAAGCCUCCACGGAUGUCGCUGGGCAAGCCGUGACCAUCAACCUCGUCCCCGUAGAAGAGCAAGCGAAGCCCUACCGAGUGGUGAACCUGGAGCAGCCACUGUGCAAGCCGUAUACGGUGGUGGACGUGUCAGCAGCCAUGGCCAGCGAACACCUCGAGGGCCCUGUCGGCAGCUCCAAGACAAAAGGCUCCGUCUCCACUCCAAGCUCUCCUGUGACAUCACCUGCGCCGACCCCAGGACAAAUAAGUGCCCAUUUCCAGAAGUCCAGUGCAAUACGAUACCAGGAAGUGUGGACUUCCAGCACCAGUCCAAGACAGAAGAUACCGAAAGUGGAGUUAAUUACCGGUGGAACUGGACCCAACGUGCCUCCCAGGAAAAACUGUCACAAGUCCGCACCUACGUCGCCCACAGCUACAAACAUUUCCUCCAAAACCAUCCCUGUCAAGUCACCGAACUUGUCCGAAAUAAAGUUCAAUAGUUACAACAAUGCCGGGAUGCCGCCUUUCCCCAUCAUCAUUCACGACGAGCCCACGUACGCUCGGAGUUCCAAAAAUGCCAUCAAAGUGCCCAUUGUCAUCAAUCCGAAUGCAUACGACAAUCUGGCCAUCUACAAAAGUUUUCUGGGGACAAGUGGGGAGCUCUCGGUGAAGGAGAAAACCACGAGCGUCAUCAGCCACACUUACGAGGAAAUAGAAACCGAGAGCCACGCCGGGGCCCCGGAUAAGGCCACUGGCAAACCCGCCGACUGCCCCCAGGCCAAGGCGUCUUCCAACAGCGCAGAGCGGAAAAGGGGCUCCGUGGCCCAGAAGGUGCAGGAGUUUAACAGCUGUCUCAGCAGGGGCCAGUCUUCACCGCAGAGGAGCUACAGUUCCAGCCACAGCUCCCCAGCGAAGAUCCAGAGAAGCGCUCGGGAGCCCGUGGCCAAAACGGAGUCCCAGGAGUCCCCGGCGGCGGGUGGCAGCCGGGAGAAAGCCAGCGCGGUGCUCUCUCAGAUCGUGGCUUCCAUCCAGCCCCCACCGUCCCCCCCGGAGGUCCCGCCGUCCAGCCCGAAGGCGUGCAGUGCCGACGAGAGCGCCCCGAAGAGCACACCCGUCCGGCCCCAAUCCCUCUUCACCACGCAGCCCAGUGGGGAGGCCGAAGCACCUCAGACCACCGAAAGUCCCACCACCAGCAAAGGACCGAGAGAUCCCCUCCCAAAGCCUGUCACCUCUCCUCCCUCCAAAUUAGUGGGCAGCCCCCAGGGCGAGCCCCCACCCCCCUUCCCCCCGCCCCGCUCCACUUCCUCCCCUUACCACGCAGGGAACCUUCUGCAGAGGCAUUUCACCAACUGGGCCAAGCCCACCAGCCCCGUGCGGUCGACAGAGGCCGAGUCCGUGCUGCCCUCCGAAGGCAGCCGGCGGGCAGCUGACGCGAAGCCCAAGCGCUGGAUAUCCUUCAAAAGCUUCUUCCGCCGCCGGAAAACGGACGAGGACGACGACAAAGAGAAAGAGCGGGAGAAGGGGAGGCUGGUGGGCCUGGACGGCACGGUCAUCCACAUGCUGCCGCCCCCUCCAGUGCAGCGCCAUCACUGGUUCACAGAGGCGAAGGGAGAGUCGAGCGAGAAGCCAGCGCUCGUCUUCAUGUACAGGUGUGACCCUGCGCAAGGCCAGCUCGGCGUGGACCAGAGCAAGGCUGGGGCAGGCCAGGCCGCGGCUUCAGAGCAGGGCAGAGCGGAGGACGUGCUGUCGCCGGACUCGGAGAAGAAGGAAAGGAGUCACCCUUCCCCGUCACAGGCCCUUCAGAAACGUCUCAGUCACGUGACCCGUGGAGUGACAGAGGACUUUUCUCCUCGGGAUCCAAGAACAGUUGCUGUGAAGCAAGGUGGCGCGGAUGGCACGUCCAUGGCCCCUGCAUUGCCCCUGCCUGCCCUGGAAAAGGAAGAGGAGAAGGAGGACACUUCAGAUCCCCUGGACCUGAGCCCCUGUAGUGCAACAUACAGCAAUUUGGGGCAGUCCAGAGCAGCCAUGAUACCUCCCAAGCACCCCCGGCAGCCCAAGGGCGCUCUGGACGAUGCCAUCGCCUUUGGGGGAAAAGCAGACCAAGAAGCCCCUAAUAUUUCCCACCCUACACCACCCCCACUGCCAAAGAAGAUGAUCAUCAGAGCCAACACAGAGCCAAUCUCCAAAGAACUCCAGAAAUCCAUGGAGAGCAGCCUUUGUGUCCUGGCUAACCCCACCUAUGAUAUCGACCCCAACUGGGAUGCCAGCAGCGCUGGCUCCUCCGUCAGCUAUGAACUCAAGGGGCUGGACAUUGAGUCUUGUGACUCCUUGGAGAGACCUCUGCACAGGGAGAGACCCGUCCCCUCGGCCGCAAACAGCGUCUCCAGCUUGACCGCUCUCAGUAUUAAGGACCGGUUUUCCAACAGCACGGAGUCCCUGUCCAGCCGACGGGGUCCCUCCUCUAGACAGGGCCGAGGCAUCCAGAAGCCACAGAGACAAGCACUUUACCGAGGACUGGAGAAUCGGGAGGAAGUGGUGGGCAAAAUCCGCAGCCUUCACACGGACGCCUUGAAGAAGCUGGCCGCUCAGUGUGAAGACCUCUUCAUGGCUGGCCAGAAAGACCAGCUCCGUUUUGGGGUGGACAGCUGGUCAGACUUCCGGCUAACCAGCGACAAGCCGUGCUGCGAGGCAGGCGAUGCUGUUUACUACACCGCCUCCUAUGCGAAGGAUCCGCUGAGUAACUACGCGGUCAAGAUCUGUAAGAGCAAGGCUAAAGAGUCCCAGCAGUAUUAUCACAGCCUGGCCGUCCGGCAGAGCCUGGCCGUCCAUUUUAACAUCCAGCAGGACUGCGGCCACUUCCUGGCCGAGGUCCCCAGCCGGCUGCUUCCCUGGGAGGACCCCGAUGCCCCUGGAAAGGAAGACGACGAAGUGGAAGAGAAUGGAGCAGGGGCGGAAGGGGGGACCGGCGGCACACCCCCAGAGCCGUGCUCCGAAACAGAGGCGUCCCGGAAGGAGGGCCAGGGCGGCGCGGGCCGGCGGCAGAGAAGCCACGUCGUGGUCAUCACCCGGGAGGUCCCCCACCUCACCGUGGCCGACUUCGUGCGGGACUCUCUGGCCCACCACGGGAAAAGCCCGGAUGUGUACGAGAGGCAGGUGUGCCUGCUGCUGUUACAGCUCUGCUCUGGCCUCGAGCACCUCAAGCCCUACCACGUCACUCACUGCGACCUUCGGCUGGAGAACCUGCUGCUUGUCCACUACCAGCCGGGGGGCCCGGGGCCCGCGGAGCCCGGCCCCGCCUCGUCUUGUCCCACGCGCCUCCUCGUGAGCAACUUCUCGCAGGCCAAGCAGAAGAGCCACCUGGUGGACCCCGACAUCCUCCGGGACCAGUCGCGCCUGGCCCCGGAGAUCAUCACGGCCACCCAGUACAAGAAGUGCGACGAGUUCCAGACCGGCAUCCUCAUCUAUGAGAUGCUGCACCUGCCCAACCCCUUCGACGAGCACCCCGAGCUGAAGGAGAAGGAGUACACGCGGGCGGACCUGCCACGCAUCCCGCUGCGCUCCCACUACUCGCGGGGCCUGCAGCAGCUGGCCAGCUGCCUCCUGAACCCCAACCCUUCCGAGCGGAUCCUCAUCUCCGACGCCAAAGGCAUCCUGCAGUGUCUGCUCUGGGGCCCCCGGGAGGAUCUCUUCCAGACGCUCAGCGCCUCCCCGAGCCUGGCGCAGAGGAGCGCGCUGCUCCAGAACUGGCUGGACAUCAAGCGGACGCUGCUGAUGAUCAAGUUCGCAGAGAAGUCGCUGGACAGGGAGGCCGGCGUGAGCCUCGAGGACUGGCUGUGCGCGCAGUACUUGGCCUUCGCCACCACGGACUCCCUCGGCUGCAUCGUGAAGAUCCUGCAACACCGUUAAUGCCACCCGGAUGCUGCUUUUUCUACCUUUUCACCUUCUUCAUGUUCUGACACUCCUCCUCCUCCCUCGUACUCACAGAAUUACAGACAGACAGACGGACGGACGGACAACCCUCCCGUCUCCGUCCCCGAACAAACGAGUCCGUGCCGGGUGAAAGCUGGGUCAGCUGUCUGGACGUGCACCUGCCGGCCCCGGGGCCUGCUCCAUCCUCGUGCCCCCUCCCCCACCGGGACGCGGGCAGGAGGUGACUCGCAUGUUCCAGGCUGCGUCCAGUUCCUCCUGGAGUGUGAAGAGCGCGUCUCUUGUCAGCACCAAGUAUUUAUUCCCGCUGGCGAGAGACAUCCGUAGGAGUGACAGCAGACCCCUCCACUCCGGUGUCCCCGCCUCGACUCUGGGACCAGGCAGAGCGUCAGCCCCUGGUUCCCUGUGCCCUUCCCAUAGCCUCUGAUUAGCAGGUGGCAGAGGGACCAGGCGAGAGUCCCACCCUCGGGUCGCCUCUGGCGUCCGGAAGUGUGUGUCUUGCACACAGAGGCCGGCCCUGGGAGCCCCCUCCCCGGCACUGUCACUGCCAGGCCUCCUUCCCCGGGUCUGUCCACCUGUGUCGGGGAAGUGUGCGUUUCUCAGGCACCUGUGGCCCGGCACAGCUGGCCCGGUGCCUCCACGGGGUGGGGUGCAAUUCAGGGCCUCGAAACAGCCGGCGGGAUGUGAGGAGGUGGUGGGUCACGGGCGCCCUUCUUCAGGGGCCCGCGGGGAACAGAGCCCAAAGUGCCGUUCCUUGCUGGCUGGCAGAGCUGGCAGCCUUGGCAGCCGGGGCUGCUGGGGCCUGGACCAGGGCUUCCCCCGCCCCAGGCAGUCAUUGGCCGGCUUCCUGCUGUCCGUUGCCAGUGUUAACUGGUCUACCUAGGGCUAUAGAGAACAGCGCCGAAUGAAGCGGCCGAGCGCUGAGAUCCCCCUGCAGGGCAGGCGGCCCGGCUGGGGGGUGACCGGGCGGCGGGGAGCAGGCUGCUGCUUUGACUCCCUGGUGGCCGUGGAGGACGGCUGGGGGCGGGCCGAGCGCCGCGGCCCUGCCUGCAGAUCCAUGUGCAAUCUGAGUGUGGCCUUGGACAGCUGCACGUGACGGUGGUUUAGCUGCAACUUCACCCGAAGCGAGAGCUACGGGAACCCCCUCCUGCGCCCCUUGGCACAUAUUAGCGCUGAGACAAGUGUCCCUUCUACCCGGGUGUGUGUGUGUGUGCGUGUGUGUGUGUGUGCGUGUGUGUGUGUGUGCGUGCGUGUGUACACACACUGCUGUGCUUGUCUUAUUCAAAACUGUGACUAUCUGUUUACUUCAGCCUUGAAAUCCCAAGAGUCGCUCAAGCACGGCGUGUGUGUUCGCGUGUGUGCGCGCACGCUUGCACGCGUGCCGGGAGCAGGGGCCAGGCCUCCGGGGCAGCAACCUGUGGCGGGCUUCACAGACUCUGCGCCCAGCGGCGGGCGAGCCCCGGCGCCCUGUCCACCAGCGCGGGGUUUCCUGCGAGCCGAGGCGGACCACGCCGUCUUCCGGCCUCGGAAGCUCUGACCCCGGUGCGUUUUUCACGGCCUUUGGUGCGAUUGCCCUGCGUCAGAGAGCAUGCAAGGAAGGAGAAGAAUGUAUUUCCCUGUGCUCUUCUGUCUGUCGGGGAAGCGGCCGUGUGAGGCCCCGCCGUGGAGCACGUCCUGGCCUGGCCAGCAGUGGGGACUCCCAGCCAAGAGGGCUGGUCGGCCCGCAGAGAGUUCCGCCUCCUGUCGCCGGAUGCGAGGCUCUGCCCCCGGGGAUGGCUGCAGAGCUGGCGCGGCGCUGUGCCCCGGCGCGGCUGUGGCGUGGCUGUGUCAUUGCCAGCAGGCUGGGGCGGGGCUCGCUGUGGCACAGCCCAUGUGCACUGCACUCCCUGCCUGGCCGCCCAGCCCCUGGCCCGCCCCCGCAGCCGUUCUCCCUGUCACUCUCGCGGUGCCUUGGCCACAUAAAUUCGAAUGUGGUGACGCAGUUAAUGCAGAACGUGCCCUGGCCCCUCCGUUGGUUAUGUUUCCAGGCAUGUCUCUGUUUUCGUUUUUUAUCUGUUAAGACUCGUCUCCAGUCUUCAUUUUAACCCUCCAGGAGAAGCAGCACGGCCCCCUCCCCACCUUAUCGAAGCGCACUGUCCACCGAGCACCCCCGCUCGCCACAGCCACAGCCACAGCCACAGCCACAGCCACAGCCACGGCCGGCUAGCACUGCUUCUGUAUGCACGCUUGGCAGGGGCGAAAGACGAGCGCCAGCCGGUCAGAGAGGGGCCUCGCGCGGGUUUUUCUCUGGGUGGUGGGCGCAGAACGACGGUGGGGAGCGCCAGGGACGGUCCUCAGACUGCUUCCCCGGGGGGUGGGGCUCAGCCACACACAGCACAGGUGGUUCCCUCUCCAUUUACACUGCCGUGGGGACUUUGAAUUCAUUCUUUGACGCGGGAGGAAUCCUGCUUCCCCCGCUGUCCACCCACACGUGUCCCAGAAGCACGCUCGUGUGAGUUCUGGAUUGCGACUAGCACAGGCUUACAGUUUCCUCGAGUAACACUGAGCUACCGUCUUCCAGAGCGAUCGGCGUUCUUGUCUCUGCUGCUGAAGUCUGUCCUGUGGCUCCUUGGGUUUAUAUCGAGAGUCUGAGCACUGAAGCCCACACUGGCACUUUCCUUAGCCCCCUGGGCCUGGGCAGCCUCGGCCACACUCAGGUGCUUCGCAGGUGGCCGGUGGCCCGAGUCGCCCAGAGCCAGCCCUUAACGGGCGGCGCCCGGCCCUGCAGGCAGGGGGACACGGGGCCGUGAGCAGCUCCCGACGCCGUGCCGGGGAGGCCCUCGGGUCUCCAGGCGCCGAUGGGAGGCCCGGGGCUGAUCCGAGAGGUCGCAGUAACCUGUGGGACCUCAGCACCAGAGCCCAGGAUGAGCCCCGCCGGCUCCGGGGCCAGGUCUGAACUGGAGGCCAGCACGGCGGCAGUGAGGUCCAGGGCGUGCCCUCAGAAGGUGAGCUGGAUGAGGCAGAGGGCAGCCCGGGCACCCGGCGGCCCCACCUGCUCCCGUGGGGGCUGAACGCCAUCAGAUUAGGGGACCCGUGUUCCUGCCAAACUCCGAGUCGGUUCGUGACCACGGAGGGCCACAGCCAAGGCACCCGAGGCCUGAGGAACAUUCACGACACUUAUGGGAGUCAAACUAAAGCUGUCCUGUCGAGUUCCCAGUGCCGUGUAAUUCCCAGGUGAGACCCCUGGGACGCACUGCGUGGCACCGGGCAGCUUCCCACAUGUAGGUCAUUCUUGCUCUGGUCUCAGGAGUGCCCGGCCUUUGGUUGUGCCCCGGUUAGGACCUGUUCCCUGUCCCGCCAGCAGGGGGCCGAGGAGAUGCUGGCCAGGCCUAGCCCCGCCUGUUUCUCGCGGCUCCAGCUGUCCGGAGGGCCGCAGGGCCCCACUUCCACGCCCCUCGCUGGCUGCGGAGGGUUGGACGUGCCGGUCCAGCCUGAUGAGCCGCAGCACGGCUGCCCACGAGGCUGGAAUGUUAGUUUUACCUCACUGAAGCUCCUUCCCCAAGGCCUGCAGUGCUGUGCGAGGCCGGACCGAGGGGCCGCUCCGGCUGAUGUGUGCGCCCAAGUCCAGCUGCCCGUGCCUGCCGAGCUCUGGGAGUGGGCUCCGUGGGCCAGAACCGGGGUCCCCAGGGAGGUCCGAGGAGCUGCAGUGCAAGCCGCUAGGUAGAGAUUAUACCAAAGAAACAGCCUCUGUCCUGGUGCUUCGGCAGCGAUGAGCUGUGCCGGGACCAAGCCCACGGGCAGGGAGCUGGCACACGGACCGCGGCAGGGUGUUCAAACCCUCAGAACACCUGCUUUCUUGUUAAGAAGUCCGUUAAGAAGCCCAUGCAGUAAAUUAAGAGAAAAACGUAGAAGAUGAUGAUGAAACCCUGAGCAGACAGAGCCCUCCAGGACUGGGGAGAAGAGACCGGCCCUCUCCUGCUACCCGGCAGUCCUGGCCACGGCCACCGCCACGGCCACGGCCACGGCCACGGCCACUCCUCAGCUGGGGAGCACCGGACCCCGGUGACAGCGAGAGCUGAAGGGUUUUCCUUGUUUGUUUGUUUGUUUUUUUUAAACUAGAGGUCAUGAUAGUUUCAAUAAGUUUGUUUAAACAGCCCUUGGGACAUUCUUAGCAAACUGCACCAUGUUUAUAAAGCUUCCUGCAGAGGCAUUCCCCGCCCGUCACCACCAUCCCUCCGUGCCCAGAACGCACAGGUGCUACCCAGCCGCCCAGCGCCCCCACCCCGCAGCCGUGAGAGAUCAGAACAGGCUGUUACAGCGGCGCCGGGGCAGCUUCCCGCCGGGGUGGGCAGCUGGGCCCCGCGCCUGGGACGGCCCACCCAGAGGGUCUCCCCUCCCCCACCACGGUCCAGCUUCUCACCUUGGACCCAUCCCACCCACCCCCUUGUGGGCUUUUUUUUUUUUUUUUUAAUUUUUUCCCUAAUCAAGAAAGUUUCAGGGAAUCAAAAGAGGUCGGGAAUUUUUUAACCUAGCAGAAGUACAGAGUUAUAUAUUUUGCUACGAAUAUUAUUGUAGUCCAGAGAACCCACUUUGCCUGUUGGGGUGUGCGUGUGCGUGCGUGUGUGUGCGUGUGUGUGUGUGUGUGUGUGUGUGUCUGCACCCACGAUGACUUGAAUGUUGAGCCAGCCCGAUGGCUUCAGGGUAGCAUUUCGGAAAGGUUAAACCACACUGCUCCAGGAAACGCUGCACACAGUCCCUGGGCAUCCCUUCCCCCACCAGUUCCAGAGAGUGCUGUGCGUGCGGACACAGUGGUGAGGGCUCGUCUGCGGGCGGAGACCAAGUGGCCGCCCCGGCGAUGCGAGUCGCGACAGCCCUCCUCCAGUCCCUCCGCGUCCCCGCUUCCCAGGGCCUCGCCUCUCCACCUGCCCCCUCACCCCCGAGAGUCCCCUCGGCCACCGGGGCGCCACCCUCUGGUUUGCUGUGGUACUUUGCUGUGUACUCCGUGGCAUCAUGUAACUGUGUAAAUAAACUCAUUUUCAUACACACGACAA